AUGUAUGCAGCAAAUCAUUGGGGAGGAUCAUUGGAAAUAACAAAUGAUCCUGAUGAUCAAAACAGAAGGAAGGAAGACAUGGAUAAGGCAUCAUUAUACAACAUUCAAACCCAUCAAAGUGGAACCCUAGACGAGACUCAACAGAGUUGGCUGCUGGAUCCAAAUGAAGCCAGUAGGAAGAAAAGCAAGACCAGGUAUGUGGAUUUAGGGUGCAUCGUGGUAAAGCGGAAAGUAUUGAAAUGGACGGUGAUCGGAAUUUUGGUUGCUUUUCUGGUGAUCGGAGUUCCGAUCAUAAUAGCAAAGUCGCUGCCGAAGCAUAAAUCCCGACCACCGCCUCCGGAUCAGUACACGGAAGCACUGCACAAGGCUCUUCAAUUCUUCAACGCCCAGAAAUCUGGAAAGUUACCGAAAAACAACGGUAUUAAAUGGAGAGGGAAUUCAGGGCUCAAAGAUGGAUCUGAUGCGACGGAUGUCAAAGGAGGUUUGGUCGGAGGGUACUAUGACGCCGGUGACAAUACUAAAUUCCAUUUCCCGAUGUCAUUCGCGAUGACAAUGUUGAGUUGGAGCGUAAUCGAGUACGAACACAAGUACAAGUUCAUCGAAGAGUAUGAUCAUGCUCGAGAACUUAUCAAAUGGGGAACCGAUUACUUACUUCGUACUUUCAACUCCUCGGCUACGAAAAUCGACCAUAUUUACGGCCAGGUCGGAGGAUCUCAAAAUGGCUCAGCUAUACCAGAUGAUCACACCUGUUGGGAAAGGCCCGAAGACAUGGACUACAAGCGGCCGAUACAAUUGAUUACAGCAGGGGCCGAUCUUGCCGGAGAGAUGGCAGCUGCUCUGGCUGCAGCGUCUAUCGUCUUUAGAGACGAUACCGCAUACUCCAAGAAGCUUGUGCAAGGUGCCGCUACAGUAUGGACAUUUGCCAGAGAUGAGGGCAAACGUAGUCCAUACUCUAGAGGCAACCUUUUCAUAGAACCCUACUACAACUCCACAGGGUACUAUGAUGAGUACAUAUGGGGUAGUGCUUGGAUGUACUAUGCCACAGGUAACUCUAGUUACCUGUGGUUGGCUACAAAUAAAGGACUCUCGAGACACGCGAAAGCAUUACUUGAUAACCCUAUCCAACGAGUUCUCAGUUGGGAUAACAAGUCCCCUGCCGCCAUGUUAUUGCUAACGAGGAUACGCAUGUUCUUGAAUCCUGGGUUCCCUUAUGAGGAUAUGUUAAGUAAAUACCAAACAGCCACUAGUCUAACCAUGUGCUCGUACCUUCCUCGAUAUCAAGUUUUUAAUAGGACUCGAGGCGGGCUAAUUGAACUCAGCCAAGGACGUCCACAGAAUCUACAAUAUGUAGCCAAUGCCGUCUUUUUGACUUCACUAUAUGCAGAUUACUUGGAUGCUGCGGAUCUUCCUGGUUGGAACUGUGGCACAUCAUUUGUUCCCAAAGAUGCGCUUCGUAAUUUCGCCAAUUCUAAGAUGGACUACAUUUUGGGUAAAAACCCGAUGGAUAUGAGCUACGUGGUCGGAUACGGCAAGAAGUAUCCAACACACGUUCACCACCGAGGUGCAUCGAUACCUGAUAACAACAUCAGGUACUCCUGCAAAGGCGGGUUUCGGUGGAUGUCCACGGGUAAACCUAAUCCAAACACCAUCACCGGUGCUAUGGUCGGAGGUCCAGACCGGUUCGACAAGUUCCGAGACGUGCGUUCAAAUUUCAGCUACACAGAACCCACCCUGGCCGGAAAUGCAGGCUUGGUUGUUGCACUCGCGUCACUCACGACAACCGGAGGGAAAGAAGGCGUUGACAAAAACUCUAUUUUUUCAGCAAUUCCACCACUUUACAAGGCGGCUCCGCCACCUCCGCCACCAUGGAAACCAUGAAAACCUGCAUAAUAACGGCUUCCUCCUCUAAUUCUUUUUUGUAAUUCGUGUUUCGAGUUGAAAAGUCGAUAUCACUUUCAUG